CUCACAUCUCUAAAUCUUUAAUUUCUUUUAAAUUCCCUCCUUUUCCUCCUCCUCCUCCUCCUUCUUCUUUUUCCUUCCUCUUCCCUUUGGAAAACAAUGGUGAAGUUCUCUAAGGAACUUGAGGCACAACUAAUCCCAGAAUGGAAAGACGCCUUUGUAAAUUAUUGGCAACUUAAAAAACAUGUUAAGAAAAUCAAGAUUUCAAGAAAACCAAAACAUGUUCAAGAUGGAAACUCUGCUCUUGAUUUUGGUCGAUCCAUUUUCGAUUCGAUUCGUUCUUUUACCAUAAAUUUUCAUAAAGCUGCUGAUAAACCUGAAGUUCCUCAAGUGAAGAGCAUAAUCAAAGAAGGAGAAGAUGGAAGCGAACAAGAAGAGCAAGAAGAAAUGUAUGAAACUGAAAAUGAGCUUGCUCAGUUGUUUUCUGAAGAAGAUGGGGUGAGAAUAUUUUUUGAAAUGCUAGAUGAAGAGCUGAAAAAAGUGAAUGAUUUUUACAAGACUAAAGAGAGUGAAUUUCUUGAAAGAGGGGAUAUUCUUAACAAGCAGCUCCAAAUAUUGUUGGACCUUAAGCAAGUUCUCAGUGACCGUCGCAGGAAAAUCCACGGGUCGAGAUCCGGAUCCGGGUUUUUCAGUCGGACCAAUUCAUUAUCUGGCCGGAAUUCUGAUUUUUCCGAAACUGCAAGCGAAUAUUGUGACAGUCCAACGGGGACAGAAACAUCACAAACAGAAGAAGUGAUAGCAGCACUAGAAAAGAAUGGAAUAAAUUUUGUAAAUUCAGCAAGCACAAGGGCAAAGACUAAAAUAGGCAAACCAAAGAUGGCAAUGAGGAUUGAUAUUCCAGCCACUACACCAACACGUACUAUAGCUGCUGUUACAUCUAUGCUUUGGGAAGAUUUAGUGAAUAACCCUAAGAAAGAUGGCCCUAGAGAAUACAUUAACAAGAAGAAAAUUCAAUGUGCUGAAAAGAUGAUCAGAAGUGCUUUUGUUGAACUUUAUAGAGGCCUUGGCUUACUCAAAACUUACAGCUCACUAAACAUGGUGGCUUUCGUGAAGAUACUUAAGAAGUUUGAUAAGGUUGCUAAGCAGCAAGCAUCAGCCAGUUACCUUAAACAAGUCAAAAGAUCCCAUUUCAUUAGCUCUGACAAGGUGGUUAGGCUAAUGGACGAAGUGGAGUCCUUAUUCACACAGCACUUUGCAAACAGUGACAGGAAAAAGGCAAUGAAGUUCUUAAGACCCCAACAGAAUAAAGAAUCUCAUAUGGUCACCUUUUUUGUUGGGCUUUUCACAGGUUGUUUUGUGACGCUAUUUAGUGUAUACGCAAUAUUGGCUCAUUUGAGUGGCAUGUUUUCCCCUAGAACUGAAGCUGGUUAUGUUGAAACUGUUUACCCUAUUUUCAGCAUGUUUGCAUUGCUAAGCUUGCACUUGUUCAUGUAUGGUUGCAAUCUGUUCCUAUGGAAGAGCACAAGAAUCAACUACAACUUUAUAUUUGAAUUUCAACCUAGAACUGCUCUCAAAUACAGAGAUGCAUUCCUCAUUGGAACUUGUUUAAUGACUGCUGUUGUUGGAGCUCUGGUUAUUCAUUUAAUCUUACUUUCAAGUGGAUUUUCUCCUAGCCAAGUUGAUGCAAUUCCUGGAAUUCUCCUACUGAUUUUUCUUGCUCUGCUGAUAUGUCCAUUGAACAUUUUCUAUCGUCCAACGCGCUUCUACUUCCUUAAAGUCAUACGUAACAUUGUUUGCUCUCCAUUUUACAAGGUAUUGAUGGUAGACUUUUUCAUGGCUGAUCAACUAACAAGCCAGAUCCCAUUGAUGAGGCAUUUGGAAUCAUCAGCUUGCUAUUUUCUUGCUGGAAGUUUAACAACUCAUGGACUUCCAACCUGUAAGUCCGGACGAAUGUACAGAGAGCUCGCUUAUGUUAUAUCUUUCGCGCCUUAUUAUUGGCGUGCAAUGCAGUGUGCGAGGAGAUGGUUCGACGAGGCUGACAUAAAUCACUUGGCUAACUUGGGAAAGUAUGUUUCUGCAAUGGUAGCAGCUGGUGCUAGGCUAACCUAUGCAAGAACACCUGAUUCACAGUUAUGGUUGGCAAUUGUGUUGGUGACUUCAGCUAUAGCUACAGUUUAUCAAUUGUAUUGGGAUUUUGUUAAGGACUGGGGAUUUUUUAACCUAAAAUCCAAGAAUCCUUUGCUUAGAGAUGAACUAAUCCUCAAGAACAAGAGCAUUUACUAUGUUUCAAUUGCUUUGAAUUUGGUCUUGAGAGUAGUUUGGGUUGAGACAGUGAUGCAUUUCAACGUUGGAUUAUUUGAAUCGCGUUUACUGGACUUUUCCCUUGCCUCAUUAGAAGUUAUUCGACGUGGUCACUGGAACUUCUACAGGUUGGAGAAUGAGCACUUGAACAAUGUUGGAAAAUUCAGAGCAGUGAAAGCAGUUCCAUUGCCAUUCCGCGAGACAGACUCUGAUGGCUAGAAUAAAUUUUUGAUCUCUGUCUGGAUAUCAGAGACAUGAUUCUCAAUAAGAGGCAAGUAGUAGUUUUUGCGGCCACAAAUUGGAGGCACUUAUCGCUUAUGGUUAGAGUGGAGAAUCCACCAUCAUUUAUUGAUCAUUUAACAAUGAAUUGAGCCUUAGGGAUCAAAGUGUUGCCCAAGAAAAAUCGCGAUCAGCUAAUGUUAUUUCCAUGUCAGUUGUAUAUUUUCUCAUUCUUAACUCUAAUCUGAUCAAAAAUGUAUCUCUGAUAUCUAUAUUAUUCUUAGUAAAUAUCAAAAGACUUGAUUUCCCUGAA